AUGUUCAAAGGUUUGAGAAAAAAGGCAUCGAUAUUGUCACUAUACCCCACAACAUCAAAUCAAAAUACUGUGGAAAAUGCCUCAGCUCUCAACUCCAACAGUAAUUAUGAUAAGAUUUUAAAGCAAGUGCAUGAUUUCGAAUCUGCUUUGAAAGCGAUGGACUACCUUUUGGAUGAUCGCUCGAACGAAGGGACAGCUUUGUUGAAAAAGGAGGCACAAACAGUUGUCGAGGAUGAUCUGCCUCGAGCCAUUUUCCCAUUGGCUUUAGGAAUGAUGGAAUUUAUCGAAGCAACUUUGGGGUUUGAGCCAGAAGUCAUGGCCAAAGCACACAAAACACUUUCCGAAGCAGAGAAUGCCUCUAGUAACAAUUCAAAAUACAAUACUCGUUACCAAUUGGCAACAUCCACAAUUUACCCACCAGGAACCGAAUUUCAAGUAACAUUGGCAGAAUCUACGUUAUUAAAUGCGUUGUUGAUGUUGUUGAAGGAAAACAAUGGGGUCGUUGAAAGUGCCAAAGCAUUGUUUAAGCUACGAAAAGCGUACCAGAUCUUGGAUUCGGUACACAAGAGAAUGCAAGAGCUGGAACCGGUAUUCAACAAGAACUUGGCUAAGUUAAAGAGAAAGGCAGCUAAUGGUAUUGGAAAGAGCAAUGGAGUGUUUUUGAACAACAAUAAUCAAUCGAUUAGCACAGUUGACUUGCCUGGGUUUGAUGCUCUCAAUGGCUCCUCAAGUUCAUUGCCCCAGGAUAUAAAAUUGAUGAAGGAUUUGGAGAAGAUUUUCUUGAUGCGGAAAGCUAGGAUCGAAGGAUCAAAUUUGGGGAAUACUGAACCACUCAACAUGUUUGAAGAUCUGAAUAGUUCCAUCACACUUGCAAAGAAAAACUUUUCUGAGCCCCUGGAUGUACAGAAUAAUAACUCAGAUGAUGAUGAGUUUGAAGAUGCUAUGGAACAUUUGGCAGUGAGCGAUGCACCUAGUUCAUUUGUCGGGUCAAGUGCUCAAUCUAUUCUCUCUUCAGUUGACACGUCGCCAAGCUCGCAGGGAAACGGAUCAGAUACAUAUCUCCAUGUUUCCACAACUGAUGAAUUUAUUCAUUCUGGAGUGCAGUUGUGUUUUGGUAUUUUACAAGUUGUAUUGUCGUUGAUCCCACCAGCUAUUGGUGCAGUAUUGUCCAUUGUUGGGUUCAAAGGUAAUAGGAGUAUUGGGCUUCAACUUUUGUGGAGAACGGCAAUAACCUCAAGAAAUGUCCAUGGUGAAUUGGCAUUGCUAUUUUUGUUGGUGUUUUAUGAUGGACCGGUACAAUUUGUUGAUACAGGAUUUAGAUUACCCGAGUCCAAAGAGGACCAUAACGUCAUCUCAUUGAACAACAAGUUGACUGUCCUGGAGGAAGAGUUGGAAAAGAUUAUGGAUAAUCCACCACUUUACACUAGCCAAUUGUUGCGUUCAGCACGUCAACAUUUCCCACAUAACGCCUUGUGGAUAUUGCAAGAGGGGAGAAUGUUGGCAGCAGAGGGUGAUUUGGUAGGUGCUAGCACUCUUAUGCAAAAUUUCACAGACGAUCCAAAUAACAAGAUUCAAAUGAAACAAAUUGAAUCAUUGUUGAUGUUUGAUCGUGCUAUUAUCUACAUUUAUAUGCACGAGUAUGAUAAAGCAGCAAGGGACUUGAUUCACUUGAUCGAUAUCAACUCGUGGUCCAAAGCCGUGUACUUGUUUAUGGCUGCUUCGUGUUAUCUUGAGAAAUAUAGAAUGAUCAAGAUGGGUGUUUUAAAAGGUGGCCCGACGGAAGCUCAAAAGUAUGCUGAUUUGUUUGCUAAAAACAUGAAACUCUCGUUGAGUUAUGUUCCUGGGCAUGGUCACAAUGCCUCAAAGAAAGGUGGAUUGGGAGGUAGUGGCAAACAAAUGCCAUUUGAUAAAUUCUUGUUGCGUAAACACAAGCACAUUGAAAUGAGAAAGAAACAGUAUCCUGACGUUCAAUUGGCAGAUUUGGUUGGUACUUCAUUGAUUCAUGAGUUGGUAUAUUUCUGGAAUGGGUACAAUAGAAUGACCAAUGAACAUUUUCAAAUUGCAUUGAAAAUGUUGGGAUACUCUGGCGCUCCAAAUGCCGAACUUUCAGCAAAUACCAAUAAGCAUUCCUUUGCAGUGAUUCAAGAAACCGAAGAUGAAGCAAUGAUACGAUACUUUCUCCAAUCCGUUUGUUUGAGACAAUUGGGUCAAAUGAAGGAAGGUAAACGAAUUCUUCAACAGUAUGUGUUGUCAAAGAUUGUCAUUUCCGAUUCCCCGCAAUUUAAAUUCCACAAGAUGACAUACAGUCCGUACUUGUACCCCACAGCAUUUUAUGAAAACACCAUGUUUACUUGGGUUGAAGAAACUGGGCCAAAUUCCAACAUUGACGUGAAGAAAGCUGUUGCUGAUAGUAAAGCGUGGUUGAAAAAAGCAGAAAUUGUAGGAGAUGGUGAUUACGAGUUGAGUAAUAGAACCAGUAUGCGUAUAAAGGCAGCUGGCGAUAGAUUAGACCAGUUAGCAAAUGUAUAA